AUGAAAGUGAUAAUCCUGCUAUCAUUUCUGAUGAUCCAAAUUUGCUAUGCCCCUCCUGUCCAACAAACCAAAAAAGAAGAAGGUAAAGAAGACUCUGGAAUUAAUGGCUUAGAAGACUAUAUGGAAUAUCACCGAUAUCUCAAGGAAGUAGUCAAUGCCCUAGAGUCUGACCCAGAUUUCAGACAGAAAUUAGAAAAAGCUGAUGAAAGUGACAUCAGAUCAGGGAAAAUAGCUGAAGAGCUGGAAUUUGUCUCACACCAUGUAAGAACAAGACUGGAUGAGAUAAAACGUGUGGAACUUGAGAGACUCAAAGAUCUCACAGAAAAAAAAAGGCAACUUGAAGAUCCCAAUUCCAUAGAUGAGGACCCUACACAUCAUCAUGUAGACCACGCCAAUCCACACACUUUUGAAAUAGAUGAUCUCAAGAAACUGAUUGCUAAAACUACUGCUGAUUUGGCAGAGGCUGAUAAGAAGAGAAAGGAACAGUUCAAAGAGUAUGAGCUGGAGAAGGAGUAUAAGAAGCAGGAUAAGUUGAAUCAUACUAAUGGUGCAGAAAAAGAAAAAUUAGAAAAGGAGUUUCAGGAGCUGGAGCAGAAGCACAAGCAGCACGAGAAGCUGCACGAGCCUGGCCACCAGGCGCAGCUGGAAGAGGUGUGGGAGGAGCAGGACCAGAUGCAGCAGGACUUCGACCCGAAGACGUUCUUCAUGCUGCACGACGUCGACGGCAACGGGCUGUGGGACCAGGACGAGGUGAAGGCGCUCUUCGUCAAGGAGCUGGACAAGAUGUACCAGCAGGGGGCGCCCGAGGACGACAUGAGGGAAAGGUACGAAGAGAUGGAACGCAUGCGGGAGAGCGUCUUCAACGAGAUGGACAGGAACAGGGACGGCUUCAUCGACUACAACGAAUUCUUCCACCAGACCAACACGAACGACUUCAAGCAGGACCGCGGUUGGCAGGGCCUCGACGAGCAGAGGCCCUACACGGACGAGGAGCUCGCCGAGUACAUCAGGCAGCACGAGAUGGCCAAUCAGGGGCCGCAGGGUUACCAUCCGGGGGCUUACCAGGGUCCACCUCAAGGCUAUGUAGAAGUGCCCCGACAAGGACAAGUACCACCAGGUGCUUACCAACAAGUACCACCGGGUGCUUACCAACAGAUACCACAAGGUGGUAACCAAAUACCACAAGGUGGUAACCAAGUACCGCACGGCGGUAACCAACAGGUUCCACCAGGCGCAUAUCAACAGGGACCACCUGGAGGUUACCAACAGGUACCUCAGGGUGGGUACCAACAGCAGGUACCUCAGGGUGGGUACCAACAGCAGGUCCCUCAGGGUGGGUAUCAACAGCAGGUGCCUCAGGGUGGGUACCAACAGCAGGUUCCACAGGGUGGGAACCAGCAGCAGGUUCCACAGGGAGGUGGACAGAAUGCGGGUGGUGGGGUACAGCAUCCACAGGCGCAGGCGCAGCAACAAGGAGCUCCUCAGCAUCAAGCCAGUCAGGGUGGAGUUCCUCAGGACCAUUUGAACACCAAUGAAGUGAACCCAGCCCAACAAAAAAUGACAAAUCAGCAACAGCCAAAUGUGCAAGCUAACAAUCAUCCCAAUAGCCUCAAUGAACAAAAACAUUAA